AUGUGGAUUCCCGUGGUGCGCCUGUCGGCUGUGCAUAGCACGGACGAGAUCGUCCAAUCGCUGGCGGGGGACUCUCAGCCAGCCAUUUGGCAGGCGCAUCGGGCUUCUUUGCUCGACUUCGUCCGGAGUCCUCACCAAAAAAUCUCCUUUCUCUAUCGGUCCGGAGCGGCUCUGCACUCAUGGGGUGGUCUGGCUUUGCAGGUCUGCGGUUUGACGGUGCGCAUCCGCAAUAUUUCGAAGUACGACAAAUUGUACUUCGUAGAUCUGACUCGGCUUCCUGGUGACUUUCCGGACCGGGACAUCUACAAUUGGUUCGUUAACCGCAUUUCUCGUCCGGUUCUUAUCACCCUAACCUUUGUUGCAUAUGAGCUUAAGUCGCAAAGCCACAAGCCGUGUUUCGUUCAACAUCGUCUUCGCAAGCUUAACCGUGUCAAGACUCCUUCGCUUCGCCGGGUGGCUACUUCGCAAAAAAUUCCCUUGGAUGAUAUCGAUGAUGCGGCUGUGAAGAUCGAUGAUAGCGGCCCACCCAUCGCCCGCUUCGGCUCGGUCGCCAACGAAACUACUUCUCCUCAAUUCUGUCGAGGUGAACGCGCCAACGCGGCAAUUGGUUCAAGCUUUGGCCGCGUGAUUACGCAGGAUGCCGGUCCUGUGUGUAAACCUACUGGCUUGAUGCCGUGCUUGCUCGCUGAUGUCCCUAAUGAUUUGUCGGCGCUCAAGUAUUUGACGAUGGUCGACGUGUACAACACGUACGAAGUUCUCACGGAUUCUGGAUUUGACGAGACUCAUCCUCCGGACGUUGACAUUGCGGUAUACGAAGGGCAAUUCAACAGCGUGGAUGAGGUUACUGAAGACUUUGAGUUGGUUUCUCGCUUUGCUACUCACGCGCUCAUGGGCUUCCGCACGCUUAAGCCGAAGCGACAACAGCUUUUGGCAUAA